AUGUCAAGCAACGUUUCACAAUGCCACAUCGUUCAAGAAAUGGAACCUUUUACCUAUUUUUACUACUUGAUUUUCCUCAUGGGAUUUAUCGGAGGCUGUUUUGCACUGUGGGCAUUCACACGGGAAGAUCAGAAACACAAGUGUAUGAGCAUCUACCUAAUCAACCUCUUGACGGCGGAUUUCUUGUUGACUUUGGCGUUGCCAGUGAAGAUUAUUGUCGACCUAGGAGUCGCGUCCUGGAAACUGAGAAUCUUCCACUGUCAAGUCACAGCCUGCUUCAUCUACCUGAACAUGUAUUUAUCAAUCAUAUUCUUGGGAUUUGUGAGCAUGGACCGUUGCCUUCAGCUAAUGCACGGCUGUAAGAUCUACCGCGUUCAAGAGCCUGGAUUUGCCAAGAUGCUGUCUGCAGUCAUAUGGGUGACGGUUCUCCUCAUAACAGUGCCCAACAUGGCUAUUCCAAUAAAAACCAUCGAAGAAAGCCCUGGAGCAGGAUGCAUCGAUUUCAAAACAAAAUUCGGAAGAGACUGGCACGUGUUCACUAAUUUCAUAUGCACAGCAAUAUUCCUGAAUUUCUCGGCCGUGAUACUGAUUUCCAAUUUCCUCGUCGUUAGGCAACUCUACCGAAACAAGUACAGCGAGAGCUACGCAGCCGUGAAGAAAGCCCUCAUCAGCAUACUGCUCGUGACAGCCAGCUACCUGCUGUGCUUCGUCCCGUACCACAUCGUCCGCAUCCCCUACACCCUGAGCCAAAGCGACACCAUCACCAGCUGCUCCCUGAAACAGGCCUUCUUCAAGGCCAAGGAAUGUACCUUGCUGUUCGCAGUGUCAAACCUCUGCUUCGACCCUAUUCUGUACUACCACCUCUCCAAAUCAUUCCGACUGAAGUUUACCGAGGCCUUCGCAGCACCCAAGUAGGCGAGGGCUCUCACAGACACAGGGGCACAACGUGGAAGCGGAGCGCGGAUGCAAAGGCUGUGA